CAGUUUAGUGCAUCUUUUGGUUGCUAGUGUUGGAAUAAGCUGGUUAAUAGUUCUGACCAUGGUGGAGAAUCAGAUAGUGGAUAUAUUUUAGCAAUAAUAGGCUAUUUAACUGAAACAAAGUCCACUCUAGAAGGACAAAAUGAAUAAGAAAAGAUACUUUCUGGAUCCUCCAGAGAUCAAAGACUACCUGGUCAAAGGAGAAAGGUUUACCAAGUGGUCAGAGGACUCAACCAAAACCGUUCCUGUCACCAUGAAGAUGGAUCCAAAAGGGUUUUUCGUCUACUGGAUUAACCAAAGCAAGGAGACAACAUUCCUGGAUGUUGCUACCAUCAGAGAUACCAGAACAGGAAAAUAUGCAAAACUUCCCAAACACCCAAAGGUCCGAAAUGUGUUUAAUUUGGAUUUCCCGGACAGCAACCAUCUCGCCAAAACCCUGACUAUCGUCUCGGGUCCAGACACGGUGAACCUGACCUAUCAUAACUUCUUUGCCUCAAAGGAAAAAGUGACACAGAACUGGGCGGACGACAUUCUUGCGAUCACCUACAACGCUGCAAGAAACAACGCGUGCAGGCAGGUCUUCCUGGAUAAAAUAUAUGUCCGGCUUUCUCUUCAGACCAACAAAGAUGGGAAGAUCCCAGUGAAACAUAUUUACAAGAUGUUCCCUGCGGAUAAGAAGAGGGUAGAAAGUGCUUUGGCAGCAGCACAGCUCCCCAAAGGAAAGUAUGACACCAUUAAGCCUGAUGUUUUCACUGAGACUGCCUUCAGGAGCUUUAUGACACACCUCUGUCCUCGGCCUGAGAUCUAUGAGAUCUUCACUUCCUACUCCACCAAACCCACCAUGACGAAGGAGAAUUUCACCAAGUUCCUCAACGAGAAGCAGAGAGACUCUCGGCUGAAUGAGGAACUGUUUCCGCGUCUCCGGCAAGAUCAGAUCAAGGCACUGAUUGACAAGUAUGAGCCCCUGUCCAAUAAUUCUAACAGAGGUUUGAUUUCUCCAGAAGGUCUUUUAUUCUACUUGAUGGGUCCAGAGACAUCAGUGGUCAUGCAAGACAGUCUGGCCAAGUCUCAAGACAUGACCCAACCCAUACCUCACUACUUCGUCAAGUCGUCACACAACACAUACCUAACAGCUGGUCAGUUCUCGGGCGUGUCCUCCCCAGAGAUGUACCGCCAGUGUCUGCUCGCCGGCUGCCGCUGCCUGGAGCUGGACUGCUGGAAGGGUAAACCUCCAGAUGAAGAGCCCAUCAUUACUCAUGGCUUCACCAUGACCACUGAGAUCCUGUUCAAGGACGUGAUAGAGGCUAUUGCAGAGAGCGCCUUCAAGACCUCACAGUACCCCGUUAUCCUCUCCUUCGAGAACCACGUUGACUCGGUGAAACAGCAGGAGAAGAUGGCCAACUACUGCAAAACCAUAUUUGGUGAUGCCCUGUUAACAGAGCCACUGGACAAAUACCCUCUGAAGCCGGGCCAGCAGAUCCCCAGCCCGUCUGAGCUCCUGGGUAAGAUCCUCAUCAAGAACAAGAAGGGCAGCCAUGAGAAACCGGCCCAGAAUAAGAAAACUGCCGCAGCAGCCGCUGACCAGACCGCAGCCGCAGCUACGAAUGCCCAGGCCCCGAACGCCACUUCCCAGGAUGAGGCCAACCCAGCAGCAACCACCCCGGAGAAUCAAGAUGAAAAUGAAAAACCACAAGAACCGGAAGCAACUGUGGAGGAAAAUGAGGAGCAAGAAGACACAGAGGAACAGGAUGAGGAGAAAAUGAAGACAUCAGAUGAGGGCACAGCUGGACAAGAAGUAACAGCAUAUGAGGCCAUGUCAUCCAUAGUCAACUACAUCCAGCCCAACAAAUUCAUCUCCUUUGAAAAUGCCAGAAAGAAAAACAAGAGUUACGUCAUCUCUUCUUUUGUGGAGACCAAAGGGGAGGCAAUGAUCGCCAAGAGUGCCGUUGAAUUUGUUGAAUAUAAUAAGAGGCAGAUGAGCAGGAUUUACCCCAAAGGAACAAGAAUGGACUCCUCCAACUACAAUCCCCAACCUUUUUGGAACGUUGGUUGCCAGAUGGUGGCGCUCAACUACCAGACGAUGGAUUUCCCCAUGCAGCUCAACAUGGCCCUGUUUGAAUUCAAUGGCCGAACGGGCUACCUCCUCAAGCACGAUGUGAUGCGUCGCAAUGACAAGAAGUUUGACCCUUUCUGUGACAGGAUUGACACCGUUGUGGCGAGCACACUGACCAUCAAGAUCUAUUCGGGGCAGUUUCUGGCUGACAAGAAUGUAAAAACAGGGGUUGAGGUGGAAGUGAUUGGGCUGCCAGGAGACCCUAAGAAGAAAUACCGCACCAAGUGGUCCACGACACCCAACGCCAUUAAUCCAGUGUGGAAUGAAGAGCCAUUUGUUUUUGAGAAGAUCUUGCUGCCAGAAUUGGCAUCUUUAAGAAUCGUUGUCCAUGAAGAGAAUGGCAAAUUUGUGGGACACAGAAUCAUCCCUCUUGAUGCCAUCCAGUCAGGCUUCCACCACAUCUGCCUGCGCAGUGAGAGCAACAUGCCCCUCACUCUGCCUGCUCUCUUUGUGUACAUUGAGGUCAAGGACUACAUCCCUGCUGCCUUUGCGGAUUUCACAGAUGCCUUAUUUAAUCCGACAAAAGGCACAGAGAAAACCACAAAGCCUCCCAAACAGUCAUCUUCUGACUAUGUGUCUCCCUAUGAGUUGCCUCUUGGAGCCCAGCCUCCCGCAGACCAAGCUAAAGAAAGUGAAGCCCCUGCUGCAGAAAAAGCUGCAUCCGAACCUACACCGCCCGCUGAUGCCACUGACCAGUCUCCACCAGCAGCUGGUGCAGAAGAAGCUAAAAAGGAGGAAGAAAGCAAGGCAGAGACCCCUCAAAUUGUCGAUGAAGCCCCAGCCAAUGCAGCACCAGAUACAGGAAGCUCCAGAUCUGAAACCCUUCCUGAAGCCUCUCCUUCACCCGAGGAGACCAAAGCAAGCCCGGAGCCUGAAGCGGCUCCUGAAGCCAAAGAAGAACCGAGCACCGAGUCUUGCACAAACCCCGAACCUACAUCUGAUAAAAAAGAGGAAGCCAGUGCAGCUGCAGAACCUGCUGAAGCGCCUUCUGCUGCGGCCGUUCCCUCUCCAACAGUUGCAACCACCGAGUCUGCAGGAUCAGGUGACUCAUCUCAGCCGCAGACGGGCAGUGAAGAGCCUUCGACUGUGACUACUGAAGAACUGACACAGCACAAGAGCUAUCAGAAGGUCAUCAAGCGUCAGGAGAAAGAGAUAAAAGAAUUAGAAAAGAAGUAUCAGAAAAAAGGCGAGGAUCUGAUUCAGAAAUACUCCGACUCUUUCAAGGCCCUCAAGAAGAAGGUUUCAGUGAAGAAAAAAGAGGGAGGUGACAACACCCCUGAGUCCAACAGGAAGACAGAGCGGGUGCAGGAGCUGAAGGAAAAAAUGACGUCUGAAAUAAAAACACUGUUUGCUGAGCAGUAUGAUCAGAUGAAGAAGAAGAAGGAGCAGUGUGCAACAGAGAGACUAGCCAAACUGUUGGAGAUGGCCAUGGAGAAGCACGCCAUUGAACUGAAAACCCUGGAGAGCGAAACCAAAGAAAACAAGAAAAAAGCCAAUAUGAAAUGUUCGUCCACAGACAAAGCAAAGCUGAAAAAGGCAAUGAGCACUGAGAUGCUGGAUGAAGCGAGUCAGUCGAAUGCUGCCUCUUCAGAUUACAGUCCGCAGCAAGAGGCUCUGAUGAAGAAACAGGCUGCUACACUGGAAGAAAUCAAGACCUUGACCAAUCAGCUCAAUCAAGAGGCCCUGAAGGAGCACGAUCAGAAAACAAGAUCACUGGCACGAGAAGUGCGAGAGGCCGUUAAUGUAUGUGUGGGGGCGCACUUCCCUGAGUUGGUCGACGAGGUCGACAAGAGUGGGGGGGGAGUGGGCUUCUAUGGAGAUGUCUUCCUAGGUUAGAUGUGCCUUUUGAUUACCUCUCUCUGUGUAACUCUGCUAUAAAUGUUUUGUUGUUGUUUUUUCACUUUUAUAUCUGCUUUCAAACUGUUACAUAACCUAUAAUCAGGGCGCGGAUAUGAAAUCGUAGAAGAUUGCUUAAUGAGAGGUUCUCAGAGUGAAGUUGCAAUUUAGUUGUGCUAAUUCAUAGGUGGGUGUAUACUUUGGGGAGCUGAUAAUGAGGUUUUCACAAAUGUCCAGGUACUCCAAAAUUAGAUGAUUUUGAAACGAUUUUUUUUUAGUUUCUAUUUAACUCUUUAUUUCUGUUUCUUUUCACCAUUAAAAAACCCCCACCCUAAAUUAGGCGACAAAGUGACAAAUAUCUUGCAGGUGUGGGCUCUGUAGCUCUAAAAGCCUUAGAGAGGUGCUUGUGGUCUCCUUUCUGUUCUCUUAAGUUAAAAAUGGGACUAAAUGUAGAUGCAAAAAUGGGUUAUCAGAGUCUGCAGGGCUGAGCGAGACAAUGGCACAUCAGUUUGCAUGUGUGAUAAGUGCUCGCUUGGACUCUGUGAUGUAGCUACUACAUAUGUUUUGCAAAAUUAAAAAACAAACAAAGGUAAAUUUGCUUUGUAACAAGCUUGAAGCUCCUGUGACAUUAAUUCCACGUAUACGGCACAUCCUGUAUUGCAUGUAAAACAUGAAAGUUUGGAAAAUGUAGACGAUUGCUUAUAAUGUGGCUCAACCUAUUUUUAGUGUACUCUUUGGAUUUUCUCCUAUUCUAUUCCUGUGAUGAAUCGAUGAUUAAUAAACUUACAGUUACUCGAAA